AUAAAAAACCACAUCUUCACCUCAUUGUUGCGACCCAUAUCCUCUCUCCUCUCCACCUUUAUUUUUUUCCUUCCUUCUCUCUCUCUCUCUCUCUCCCUUGCUCCUUUUUGCCCUAUACGAUAGGGUUUUCUUCAUGUUCAUCUCUUUCUUCAACACAAUCAAAGCUGAUUCGUUCCUUCUCUUCUUCACCGUCUUCGGAUCUAUCGUUUUUGCUCUCUCCCACGGGUUUUCGCUUGUUGAAUCAAUAAGCGCUUUCGUUUUUUUUCCUGGGAAGUUGGAGCUCGAAUCAUGUCUCAGAUCUAUAGCUUUGCUGGUGAAAGUGAGUUUUACCGACGUGGCUCAAAUCCAAAGGAAGCUAACAUUUUCCUGUCCCUCGUUGAUUGCUAUUACCCUCCUUGCAAGAGGUCUCGCGUCGUGGCUGCUGCGCCUUCGCUCUUCAGUGCUUUUGAGGAGGAGGAGAAGCCAGUCUCUAUCGACCUCCUUCCUGAUGAGUGCCUCUUCGAGAUCUUCAGGCGUUUACCUGGCCCACAAGAGAGGACCGCUUGCGCUUUCGUCUCCAAACACUGGCUUACUCUUGUAACCAGCAUCCGACAAAGCGAGCUUGAUGUUGACAACAAAACCGAAGAUGACUGUGAAGGAUGCUUAUCUAGGAGCUUAGAUGGGAAGAAGAAGGCGACUGAUGUUAGACUAGCUGCUGUCGCUGUUGGAACUGCUGGCCGUGGUGGACUCGGGAAACUCUCUGUUCGCGGAAGCGACAAGGUUUCGGAUCUUGGUCUUAGGUCGAUUGGUCGGAGCUGCCCUUCUCUCGGCUCUCUUUCCCUGUGUAACCUUUCUGCUGUUACUGAUAUUGGUCUCUUGGAGAUCGCAGAGGGUUGCCCUCAGCUUGAGAAGCUUGACCUGAGCCGUUGCCCUGCAAUCACGGAUAAGGGUUUGGUGGCGAUCGCCAAGAGCUGUCCUAACUUGAGCGAGCUUAGUUUGGAGGCUUGUUUGAGGAUCGGAGAUGAAGGCCUGCAAGCUGUUGCACGGUCUUGCUCCAAGCUUAGGUCGGUGUCUAUCAAGAACUGUCCUCUGGUGAGGGAUCAAGGAGUCGCCGCCUUACUGUCUAACACCACGUGUUCCCUGACGAAGCUUAAGCUUCAGAUGUUGAAUGUCACUGAUGUGUCUCUUGCGGUUGUUGGUCAUUACGGCUUGUCGGUCACUGAACUUGUGCUCGCUGGUUUGUCGCACGUGACCGAGAAGGGAUUCUGGGUCAUGGGAAAUGGUAUUGGGCUGCAAAAGUUGAACUCUUUAACCAUCACAGCCUGCCAGGGAGUGACUGACACAGGGCUUGAAUCUGUUGGGAAGGGAUGCCCGAACAUGAAAAAGGCGUUGAUCAGUAAAUCCCCGUUGUUGUCCGACAACGGUUUGGUCUCUUUUGCGAAGGGUUCUUUGUCAUUGGAGAGUAUUCAGCUUGAAGAGUGCCACAGGGUCACCCAGUUUGGGUUUUUUGGUUCUCUUUUGAACUGUGGUGCAAAGCUGAAGGCUUUCUCAAUGGUGAACUGUUUGGGGAUUAGAGAUCUCGCCACGGGAUUACCUGCUUCGUCUCACUGCAGUGGUCUACGCUCUCUGUCUGUUCGCAACUGCCCUGGCUUUGGAGAUGCAAACCUUGCCGCACUUGGGAAGCUAUGCCCUCAGCUCGAAGAUAUUGAGCUGUGUGGGCUCAAGGGGAUAACAGAGUCUGGGUUUCUACAUCUACUUCAGAACUCUCUUGUGAAGGUGAACUUCAGUGGCUGUUCCGGUUUGACAGACAGAGUCGUCUCUGCCAUCUCUGCUCGCAACGGUUUGACUCUCGAAGUCUUGAACAUGGAUGGAUGUAGCAAGAUCUCUGACGCCAGUCUAGUCUCUAUUGCAGCAAACUGCCAGAUUCUAAGUGAUUUGGAUCUUUCGAAAUGCUCGGUCUCUGAUUUUGGGAUUCAAGCAUUGGCUUCCUCUGAUAAACUCAAACUGCAGAUCUUAUCCAUGGCAGGUUGCGCUAUGGUCACUGACAAGAGCUUACCAUCCAUCGUUAAGUUGGGUUCGACUUUAUUGGGGUUAAAUCUCCAACAGUGUCGAUCAGUGUCCUGUUCCACUGUCGACUUCUUAGUCGAGAGGCUUUACAAAUGCGACAUCCUCUCCUGAUCCACCAAUUCCACGUUACUACUCUAUCCACCUAUAAUGAAGGUAUCUUAGUACUACUGUUCCAAGUUAAGUGUCAGCUCUUUUUCAGGCGUGUGUCUCUCUCGCUAAGCUCGGUAUUACCCUUUUUUCCAAGUAGUUCGGCUUCCGGUUUCUUUUUCCAGUCAAUGUUGUUUUUGCAGGGGUUUCCCUUUUGAUCAGGGGGAACUCUAGCUUACCAUGAAACCGGAAUGUCGUGUGGUUGCUUGAGAAUAUACUUACCGGGUAUUACCGAGAUUUUAGGGUUUAUCAUCUCCUGUUUUGUAUGUUUCGUUUUCUUUGCGUCGCUUGUCUUGUUCAUGUUUGGUUUUCCUCGAAAGGGUCUGUGUGAUGUGUACACGUGUUCAAGAUUUUGUUCAGGUUGCCAUGGGUUCUUUCUUUGAGGUUUGCUCUGGCUUUUGUUGCAACAAACUCUUUGAAGAGUUUUUUCUUGUUGUUUUUUUUUCCAGAGCCCUCGUUUUUUUUCCCUGGCAACUGUAUUACGAUCUGUAUGAACACUGUACUAAGUUAUGUAUAUGCUCUUUGGGAUGGUUUAAUGAAGUAUUGAAUAAAAUUCUCUUUUCGUUGUA